AGCGGCGUCUGCUCUGCUGUCGCUCUAGUUGAUGUGAUGAAGCAGGGUGCAAAACAAGGCAUAUGCCCAAUCGUCCAUAUGGAUAAUACAGGUCGUAAUUGUAUUUGAUACAGUGACACAGAUGUCAGCAAAUUGGCUAAUAAUAAGGGUGUAGUUCGGAGUGGUUACAGUUUCGUGUGCAGCUGUAAUGUUAUGAGGGAAGAAUCGGACACAUCUGACGAGGAACGAACACAAUCAAGCUGACAAAUUGAUAUAAUACGAAAAGCGAAGAAGUAGGCACAGUUUGCAUUGUUUUACAGAUCUGAAAUGACUACCAUUACUGAGCAUACGAACCGCAGAGAGCUCUGCGAAAUAAUUUGCGCGCAGCAGGAGAAGCUGAAGCAUUACCAGACGAAACUUAAAGAUCUUGUACGUGGGUACAAGAGUCUACAAAAGGAAAAAGAGGCAUUGGAAGCCAGUUUCAAGGCCAUAAGUUCGCAGAAGAAGACGAAUGUUCCUGAAGACACACAGAAAGUGGAAAACAAAUUUGGUGACACUGACAAAGAGGAGAGUGAAAGUUCCGAGAAGUCUCAAGAAACACAGGAUGCAGGACAUGCAGAGCACAGUUCCAUUGGAUGCAAAGACAGCCAGCAGGUGGAAGCCUUAUCUGAGGCCUUAGUAACUCUCACAGAAGAAAAGUCCCGCAUGGAGGCAGCCUUUCAAGGUGACAGACGUAGGCUUCUGCAGGAGAAAGAAGUCGCUAUAAAACAGCUCAAUGAACAGGAACAGGCAGCAUCUGCCAAUGUCAAGGCACUUGAGGCCAAGUUGUCAGAGCUUCGCAUGAAACUCCGUGAGGAACAGACACAACGUGAACAUGAAGAAAGCAAUCAUGCAGCUAUGUUGCGUGAGCUGCAGCGUCUAGUCGCGCAGGAACGCCGCACACGAGAGGCUCUUGAAGAGAAGUUGGAAGCUGUCACACUUCGAGCUGCACAGGCAGAUCGUGUGAAGGAAUACGAAGCCAAAGUACAAAGACUAACUUUGGAACUGACAGAAGUCCGUCGGCGACUCUCCGAUGCUGAAGCAAAAGCUGAUGAACCCUCACCUCUCUUACUCAAAGUCCAGCAGGAACUUGUGGACCUUAAGGUUAAACAUCAGCAGGAAUUGGAAUGUGAACUCGAGAGAGCAGCACAGGCACAAGCUGAACUCAAACAGCAAGCGUCAGGCAGCGAGACUCGUGUAGCCAGCCUCGAAGGCCACCUGCAGGAACUGUCUCAAGCAGUAGGCACUUAUGACCGCCUGCGACUGCAAGACCGUGUGGCCAUUGAAAGACUACGAGAAAGGGUCUCGCAGCUUGCACGAGAAAAUGCCACACUUGCCUGCUCUGCUGGGUUAGGCAUUGGCACUGGAGUAGACUAUGCUGAAGGCUCAGAGGACUCAAACCUUGAUGUUGCUACCCUCCUGGAUCGGUUCACGAAGCUGCGACAAACACUGAAAGAAGCAAAUCAGCGUGCAGAGAAUCCUGUAAACCUUAUGGCAUAUUUCCGAGAGCUUGCCGAAGAAGAGGUCCUGGGUCUGCACGCAAAAUGCCACGAGGAACAAGAACAGCUCAAGGACGAGUUUGAGCGCUACAAGGCUCGAGCACAAUCAGUGAUAAAGAACGGCUCAUCUCUAAAGGGCCAAGAAAGUAGUAGGGAGAAAGAGGUCCUGCAUCGUCAAGUAAAGGAACUACAGGGGCAGGUGAAGUCUCUCCGUGCUCACUAUGAAGCGGAGGAACAGAAGAACAGGGAAAAAUUGACUCAGCUUCAGCCAGCAUGCGGCAAAAGUGGAGGGAGUCCAGCUUUGAGGUUUCCAAAAGCUGGUCUUCAAAGGCAUGCUGCAAAAUUCAAGAACGCUAUGACAGAUGCCACAGUUGCUCACCGGCAAGAACAGUGUAACCUGGAGAGCACCUGGCGCACCAAGAUGGCUGAAUUGGAGUCCCUGAUGCAAGGACAGCGUGAGCGCACACUUGCACUGCUUGAGGAGAAAGACCGGGAACUUCAUGUUUUGAGGGCAGCCACUUUAGCUCCAAAUCACGCACUGUCUGCGAUGAGGAAUGCUGGCAAUCGAGCAGAAAGAACUGCGGACAGUGGGGAUUCGGCCGACCCUUUGUUAUAUGAGCUGCUUGCUGGUCAGACUAGCUCUAAAAAUGGCAACACCAAGGCAGAGCGGCAACUGUUGUUCUACGUACAAGAGUUAGCCCGCAAAGAUGUGGAAGUUGCACAGGCCCUGAGGGCGAAACAUGAUGCUGAAUCAGCACUGCGUGACCUCCAACGCGUCUCACUCACUCGGGAACGGAGGGAUGCUCAAGAAUUGGAAAUUCUAAAGUUGCGUCUGAGACAGUUGGAGGACUCACAACACCUUGGGAAAGGAGGCAGUGUGAACCUGCAAUACCUUAAGAAUGUUGUGCUGCAGUACCUGCUGUGUGCAGAUUCUUCAUCCCGAAGGCACAUGCUGAAUGCUAUUGCUGCGGGUCUUCACUUCACCUCCGCUGAAAUGGACCUUGUGCUACAAGCCGCUGCCGCAUGGUGGUGAGACAGCAGCUAGUGCUGAUGGGACAUUGUCAUUCCAGCACGGGUGUGUUUAUUUAAGACGAGUAUAUUCCGCGGGAACAAUUUAGGGACCAAGUGCUUGCAAAACUGUAUACUGGUAAAAUGCUACAAGUCUUUUAAUGUAACGUGCAGCAAGGAAUGGUUGGGGUGUUACUACAGAUGCAUUAGUUAUCUUGUAAUCAUUGACCACUGUGUCUUGUAAAUAUUUAUUUAUUUUGUGAUCUGAGUACAAGGAAUGUUGUAUACAGAAUUCGAUGGUUGUAUAACCAUAAACGCUCCAUUUUGCCAGCUGUAAGCACCAACAUAAAGAAACAAUACAGGGCAGUUGUUGAAGUAGAUAUAUUCAAUUGUCUCAGCUACUACUGUAAUAUAUACUUGUUUGGCCAUUCCAACAAUAAACAGUUUUUUUUUUU